CAACACUACUAUAUAACAAAUAAUUUGAGUGCACGAAGGAUUCAGAUGGACCAAUCUAGCUCGCCAACAUAACACAUAGCCUAACUGAGAUCUUACCAUCUUGAGGGAGAAAAUGAGGGUACUACUGCCUAAAGACAUCAAUGUGUGUCCUAUCUCGAUAACGCAAUGGUUUGAUGACGGUAUAAACCCAUGCAUGUACGAGUUGCUAUGUGCAACUCUUCUGGGAACCCUGGCGUUCUUCGGUCUCCUAGUUUCACUGAUCGCCCCCAAAGAACCGAUCAAACUCCCUACGUGGGGCAGCAGAUUAAAACUGCUGUGUCACGUGGUUGUGAUAGGAGUGCUGAUUGCUCGGAUGGUAACAUACAUCGUUAUGCAGGGUCCUUCAUACGCUUACCUCAUUAUUCAUAUCAGUAUAGACCUGAUAGCCUGGAUAAUUACCACAUCCCUCUAUCUGACCAGUAAGAAGAUGUUGCCCAUAGUACCGUCCCUGUUCUGGUUUGGUAACCUUGCUAGGUAUGCGGGCUCUUUCUCUGCUUGGAAUAGUCCGCACUGGUUCUUUCAAAGACAAGACACAUUGAACGAAGUACAGUUCUACCUGUACGUCGCGCAAGUAGCGAGUCUUCUCUACAUUUGUGUGUACAGUGUGUCUUCAGUGUUUUGCACGUGCUGCUGUAGACCCUCUGAUGGUGACAGAGUCCUCCUCAUUAACUCUGGUAGUGGCCCUGAAGUUCCUCAUCCUACCUCCUCUUCUACCCUCUUCAGCUCUGAUGCACAGGGACAGACAAACCCCCGGCUUCCUGGUGGACCUCGUCCUGACAUCACCUCCUCAUCUACCUGGUCUAACUUCUUCGUUAAAGUCAUCAAACUUUUCCCUUUCGUCUGGCCUAAAGGAUCCUUAAUGUUGCAGAUGUUUGUACUAAUAUGUAUUGCACUACUGGCGGCUGGACGUGCUAUAAACGUGCUCCUUCCUCUGUUAUACAGAGAUGCUGUGAACGAGUUGUCAACCGGAAAUUUAGCCCUCAAGACUAUCUGUCUCUACUGCUUGGUUUGCGCUGCUCAGGGCACUGGUAUGGGUAACAGCGGGCUGCUAGGCUCUACUCGCAGUCAACUGUGGUUAAGUAUUACGCAGUACACUAAUAAGGAGGUUAACUGUCAGCUCUUCAGACAUAUUCAGGAGUUAUCAAUUGCCUGGCAUCUGGGUCGGAAAACAGGGGAGGUGAUAAGAAUAGUGGACAGAUCCAGCAGUGCUAUCACCAACUUACUAAAUUAUAUCCUGUUCAGUAUUGGACCCUGUAUUAUAGAUCUUAUGAUCGCUAUUGUGUACUUUAUCAUUGCUUUUAACAUCUGGUAUGGACUCAUCAUCUUCGUUACAAUGUCUCUUUACAUGGUUGCCACAAUAGUUCUGACGGAAUGGAGAACCCAGUUUCGACGUACAAUGAACCAAUGUGAUAAUGAAGUGAAAGCUAAAGCAGUGGAUACGCUCCUCAACUUUGAAACUGUCAAAUACUACGGAGCUGAAGACUUCGAGUCUAACAGGUAUGCGAAGUCCCUAGGAGAAUACCUAACAGCUCAGUACAUGGCAGUCUCUACACUAAACCUCCUGAACCUGGUACAAAACAUGAUUAUCAGUGUAGGAACUCUGGGAGGCUGCAUUCUUAUUGUUUACGAUGUUCACGCUGGUAGACUCUCUGUUGGAGAUUUUGUACUGUUCGUAUCGUAUAUCAGACAACUGUACCUCCCCUUGAACUGGUUCGGGACCUACUACCGAAUGAUACAGAACAACUUCAUUGAUAUGGAGAAUAUGUUCGAGCUACUGGACCAACCCAAAGAUGUCUCCGAUCAACCUGAUGCUCCUGAAAUCAAUGUCACUGCGGGUAGAAUUUGUUUUGAUGACGUCACUUUCAAAUACAGAGAGGACAAGGAGGUCCUCAACAACAUUUCCUUUACUGUUGAGAGUGGUAAGUCGGUGGCGAUAGUUGGACCUUCUGGCCACGGCAAGUCCACGAUAAUGAAACUACUGUUCAGAUUCUACGAUAUCAACUCUGGUCUUAUUACUGUUGAUAAUCAGGAUAUUUCUGAGGUUACACAACAGUCUCUACGGAAAGCUAUAGGUGUUGUGCCUCAAGACACAGUUCUCUUUAACGACACUAUCAGAUACAAUAUCCGGUAUGGUCGAGUAGAGAGUACCGAUGUAGAAGUGGAGGAAGCUUCCAGAAACGCUGAUAUUUACGACUCUAUUGUCUCAUUCCCGGACGGAUACGACACGAAGGUGGGAGAGAGAGGACUGAAGUUGUCAGGGGGAGAGAAACAGAGGGUAGCCAUAGCCAGGACACUGCUCAAGUCACCUCAGAUUGUGCUGUUAGACGAGGCCACCUCAGCGCUGGACACAAACACUGAACGUAACAUCCAGGCUUCUCUUAACAAGGUGUGUGAGGGUAAGACGUCUCUGAUAAUAGCUCACAGACUUUCUACCAUUGUCCACUGUCACCAGAUACUAGUGCUGAAGGAGGGUCGCAUCGUGGAGCGGGGGACGCACGAGGAACUACUUGAACAAGGUACUGUUUAUUGCGAAAUGUGGAACCAACAGAUCUCAGGUAACGAGGAACUAGCCGACGACAGAGAGAUCGAGAAACCGUAAAGGAUUAGAAGAAGUCUUCACCUGCCACCAUCACUUCCUUUCAUAAUCUGUAAAGCCGUUAAUUGAUAUGCGUGUACAGUUAUAUGAAUAUGAACUCCUGGCUUAUUGACUUUGUGUGGUUUUAUUAUUGUCUUUCUUGGUUAUAGUAGUCAGCUAAAUAGUCAGACCCCCUUUUAAUGUGACCCUCUGGGUGGGACUUGUUUUAGACACACACAUGUAAUUGUAAUGAUGAAAGUAAGAGAUGCCUGGUAAAUGAGUGGAUGUUUACGGUAACUAGGUAUGUGGCUGUGCGUGGAUGAUAGUGCUAGUUUGCUCAACUACCCGUUUAAAUGCGGUCGUAUUAUUACUUGCUAAUAUGCGAUAAUUUAACAGAGUAUUUAAUUAAUUUAACAGAGUAGAUAGAUAGGUAUAGGCCAUGGGGCUGUGCCACGAUCGAAUUUCAAGGUUCGGUGACCCUUACCCAGACCGUUAUUAACCAUUUUGCCCCCCUGUCUUGUGUAACAUAAUUAUAGAUGAUUGGUAGUAAGUUAUUAUUAUGAUCCUUAAAUACACCUUAACCCGGAUGAAUCAGUAGAUAUUGAUCGAUCAAUAUUUAUUGUCUCAUCCGGGUUUUGUUGACCUGUUUAUGUGUAUUUAUUACUCCGUGUUAUGUUUUCAAGAAAUGGUGCUUUGUAUUUUACCGCACUGUGUACUGUGUAUAGAAUUUUAGUUUUCCUCAGUUUCCUGUUAGUGCAACUGUAUGCUAAUAGAAUUUCGUUUCACUGGAUUCAGUUGUGUGCCUUGGUCGUAAUGUGCCCCGCACAUUUCACUCUAUAUGUUUUUGUAUAUUGUGCUGUGAUGUGUGAAUAGACGAGGAUUCUUGUGAGGAGGUACCUUUUAACACGUGACAGUGAUUCCGGGGUUUGAUUGGUCAAUAAUAGAGGCUGAUUGGUUUACUGCUGUCAAGUGUAACAAAUGCUGUACCUCUUCACAAGAAUCCACAUCUAUAGUCUAUAUACCUCAUUCUGUUAAUUUUUAUUAAACAUUCAAUU